AUGAUUCCCCGUCAAUUCCUCUCAAUCGCUUCCGCGUUGUCCUUUUUCUCGCAGACGUGUCGUGCUCAGACUAUUACUCUCACAACUCACGUCAGUGCCUGUAGCGCAACUUACACAUCUGGAACGUCCACUACUGUUAUUCAGUCGACUGUGACUGUUCAGCCUACACCAUGGACUGAUGCAGCCGCCAAUGGUGGUGCGCCGUUUGUGAUUCGACUGCAGCAAGUCGACGUAUCUGGUUAUCCGGACCAAGAUACUGCUCCGUACUGGCUGACGGCCAACGGAAAUACGACUACCAACUCAUCGCUUGCAGCAGUCUCCACCAUCAACGAAGGCCGACUUGCUACUCUGAACGGCAGUCAUGUCGCGACGAACUUCAAUGUGGUUGAUCAAGCGUUUAGCACUACCGACUAUGACCUGCCGAUCAACACAACCUUCUCCGUCAACAACAGAAUGCUGAACUGGACCAACCCGUUGUUCUCCAACGGCACAGCCCAAUUCUACAAGCUACCUCCGGGUCUGCUCGAUAAUGCUUUGAUUCUUGCCAAAUUUCUCGGUCCUAUGGAAGCACAGAGAAGCUGGAGUCCAGUGAUACUCUAUGUUGAGCCUUUGGUCAACAAUGGCGCUGGGGUCGUAUCGUCUUCUACUUCUUCUGGUGCUUCUGGCGCUGCCUUGAGUACUGUGUCUGGUUCUCUGCCAAGUGGUAGAAGCUCUUCAGUCGCCUCGGGCUCGGGCUCGGCAGCUUCAUCAUCUGCUGCAGCUGUUGGCUCCUCGAUUGCAUCACAGUUGUCAUCUCAGUUAUCCUCCGUGUCAUCUUCAGCCUCAUCGGUCUCCUCGUUGGCCUCGGUUUCUUCCGCACUGGCUUCUGUACUGUCUUCUGGAGUAAUGUCUGCUCCCUCCAUGAUGGAGUCGAUGGCAUCAUCAUCAUCAGCCGCUUCCAUCCUGUCUUCGAUUGCUGCUGGCGUCUCCUCUCCUCUUGCAGGAGCAUCUAGCUCUGCCGCUGGUAGUUAUAGUUCCAUCAGCACCAGUUUGGCAUCAGUUAGUGGAAUUGGCCCUGUCAUUGUCCCCAGUUCGAGCACAUCGAGUGCUGCCGCUUCCACGAGCAGUGUACCUCCUCAGACGACGUAUUCGUGCCCUGUCAACAACAAUGAGAUGGUCGAGUCCAACAUGGGUGGCAUGUACCAACUGGGUUGUAACGAGGGUCUGUCUGGAGCGGAUACCCAACGCGCUGGGUCCGCGACUAAUCUCAAUGACUGUAUGACAACCUGCGACCAGACCGAUGGAUGCACAGCAUGGACGUUCGACGGCACUAACAACUGUUACAUAUCAACCGGAACCUCUUCCUCUGGUAUCACCUUUCAACCUUCUUCUACCCAAGGUACAGUUUCUGGUAUCAGAAACGUACCAGCUCGCCCUGGUGGCGUUGCAAAUGCCUCAUCAAGUUCCUUGUCAAGCGCCUCGAUGGUUCCCUCUGCUCUUUUAUCCACGUCCUCGGGUACUCCUGUGGUGUCCUCUGCCAUUUCGUCUGCGGUUCAGUCUGUUUCCUCCGCUAGCCAACUUUCAUCCUCGGCUCCGAAUGCGGCAUACUCACCGUCAGUUGCCGGAACUUCCUCAUCCGCGGCGCCAGUCCUGUCUUCUGCAGGUUCUAGCUCGUCGUCUCUUGUAGCUUCAAGCAGAACUCCUAUUGGAUCGUUGAGCACUUCAUCCGCCGCUGGCUCUACUACCGCACCACCUGUGUUUUCCACUCAGCCCGUGUCGGCUGCGACAUCCGCCAACUCCAUCUCAUCUGCCCCAUCCGCUGUCGUAUCGCAGACCACAUACUCGUGUCCAUCAGUCGACAAUCAAACGGUUGCUGACGGCAAUGGUGCUACCUACCAAAUCAAGUGUGGCUCAGACACAACUCUAGGUGGAACUUUGAGUGGCGCUUCUCCAGACUUCAAUGGCUGUAUGACCCAGUGCGAUGCUGUUUACGGUUGCGGUGGUUGGGUCUAUACUGGAAGUUGCUACCUUAAGAUGCCUGGCUCCAACGGAGGACUCACUUUCCAGCCUGCUGCUGAUGCGAACUACGUUGCUGGUAUCAGAAACGGACUAGCUUAUGGCAGUGGUCCAUCUACCACGACCUCGACAGUUACCGCCACACCCACCGGCGGUCCUCCUACAUGUCCAUCUAUGAACGGUACGACCAUCACGGAUGACAGAGGUGCGGUUUAUUCUAUCCUCUGCGCUCGUGACGGCCAGGGGUUCCUCAUUACUACGACACAGGUCAACGGGAAUGGCAUCAACGGGUGUUUUGCUGCUUGUGACAGUACUCCUGGUUGUGAAGCCUUUACUUUUUCAGGUGAUAGCACAAUGACUGGAGGAACAUGUUACCUCAAGGAGGAAGCUGGCGAUCAGAGUGAUACUUCAAUCGCAGACACCAUCGCUCAGGCAAUUCUUGUCUCUGCUGCCACUAUUUCCGCAUCCGCUUCUUCGUCUACUUCUGUCACCGCUGCCUUCUCUUCUGCACCUACUGCCUCGAGCAGCGCUGGUGCCGGAUCUGGAACGUCGACUGGGGGUGGUAGCGCCGCCUCAUCUUCAGCUGCAUGUUCUCCCCCUCCUCUUCCCUCUAGUGCCGGCAGCCCUACAGUCGUCAAUCCCGAUGGCUCGACAUCCACUUACAACGGUCUUCUUGCCAGCCCGACUCGUUGCGAUUUUGGAGAUCCGAUAGACACCGAAGAGGAUGACUCGUAUUGUGAGAUCGACCUCCCCUUCAACAUGCAAAUCUAUGGAGGAUCCUCAACUCAAACUUUCGCAUCUACCAAUGGCCUACUUACUCUAAUCGACGGAACCGUUAGCUAUGAUAAUGGACCUGGCCUCCCUAAUCCAUACAUUCCUUUGUAUGCCGCAGCACCCUUUUUCGACGACCUGAUCAAGAUGGCCAACAACCUCGAUCAGGGUAUCUUCUACGAGACCACAUCCACCACCGUGACUUACGAGUAUCGUCUUGGUCGUGGUGGCACUUACGAGUCUUACCACUUCACAGUCAGCUACGACAGUACCAACCCUGGUGUCUUUGUCUAUAGAUACUACGAAGUCGGUCAGGAUCAAGGAUCGGCUUCCGCCAACAUCGGUAUCCAAGGAUCGACUGAUGGAAGCACGCAAAUUGCAGUCAACUUCUCCAACCAGCGUGCUGGUGCGGUUGUGGUGAACUCGACGUUGACUUGCGACACUGCCACCACACCGGCCACUUGUGUCCUUCUUUGUGCUUAG